AUGUUACAUAAUCAAGCCUUGCAAGGCUUCGCCUCCCUGGGCGAAGCAGCACUGAAGCUUGCUCUGCUGUGCGUCCAAGCAUGCAAGGCCCGUGGUUUGCUCUCAUCCUCAUCUGCAUCCUCUGAUAUCUGCGCAGGCUUCAACAAGUACUACCCACCUGACUACGAUGGCACUAAACAUGGCAGCCUCAAUACAUACAGAGGCAAACACGCCCUCGGCGACCGUGCGCGCAAGAUAGACCAGGGCAUUCUCAUUGUUCGUUUCGAGCUUCCUUUCAAUAUCUGGUGCGGGACAUGCAACAACCACAUUGGCAUGGGUGUGCGCUACAACGCCGAGAAGAAGAAGAUUGGAAAUUACUAUUCCACACCUAUCUAUUCGUUUCGAUGCAAGUGCCACCUCUGUGAUGGCUGGUUCGAGAUCGAGACCGACCCUAAGAACACCCGCUACAUCGUCACCUCUGGUGCGCGCCAGAAAGACGAAGAAUGGGAUCCAGAAGAGAAUGGCGGCUUCGCAGUCCAUGACACUGACCCGAACGCGGGGCCCGUCGACCCGCUCGCAGCGCUGGAAAAGUCGACCGCGGCAGAGACGUACAUGACGCAGGUCCAGGUCCCUCGGCUCGAAGCGCUACAGUCGCUCGCGGACCACUACAGCACGGACCCGUACAGUCUCUCGCGGAAGGUGCGCAAGCGGUUCCGCGAGGAGAAGAAGAUCGAGAAGGCUCAGGAAGAACAAGACAAGCAGUUGAAAAGCGCGUACGGGUUGCCAGAAGAGCUGCCACUCAGCGCGGAGAGUGAGGAGACGCGCGCAGAUGCGAAGCAGAAGUGGAGGGAGGAGCGGGAGGCGUUGUGGAUGCGCGAAGCGAAACGGAGGCGAAUCGAGGCCGUGCCAAUAUCGGGCCUGGCAGCGAUUACGAGGAGAAAGGAGGGGUCUGCAAGAAACGGGACGGAUGCGGUGUCGAGUCUGCGGGCGAAGAUUCUGGAGAACACGAGAAGGACAAGCACGGCAGGGGACUCGAGUCGUCUGAAGCCCCCCGACGUGAGGGGCAGUAUUUUUCGUCGGUGA